AUGACGUCGAAUCAAUCGGUGAGGUUCGAAAGCGAAAGCCAUCUCCAUUGUGUCAUGUGCUUCAUCGCAGGGCAGAGUGGAGAAAAAAUUGUAUCAAUUUAUCCACAUAGAAAACCACAGCCAAAAGCCUCAGUCAAAGAACCGCCUGUGCAAACUCCAGUCAAUCCGGGAUUAUGUAGCAAACCGACGCUGACGAGUAUGCCAAAUCAGGGUUUUGGAUUUGGAAAGGAACAAACGGAAUUCGACAUAGACCUCGGAAUGCUUGCCUAUGUGUUCAAAACUCAGGAAAUCGCUUGCAACGACGGGUUUGAUAUGAAAAUCAACACACAGAGAUUCGUUGGGUACCCGAAAACUUGGAAAACGCGGGGAGGAUGCACCAAUUAUCAAGUGAUGAUUGUAUUCGCACUGAAACAAGGAUGUGAUCAACACACUGCAUCAGCUUAUCAGACUCUUUCCAAUAAAAUUGCCGUCAGUCUCGUCAUGCUGCAAAACUAUUUUGGGUUUCUGGAAAGAGAGGAUAAAUGGGCUGAUAUGGCAGACAAUAUGACAGAACCAUUGAGAGAAUUUGCAAAGACAAGCUUCAUAGUUAAUCCGUUGAUGGAUAUGUACGAUGAAGUCAGAAAGAGAGGAAAUAUUCAUAAAUAUCUUAUCAACUUCGUUGAGCUCGGAUUCUGCGAUGAAGCUCAUGCCCUGCCUUAUCAUGGUAUCCUACUACUCGAAGAUGUCUGGCCGACACCCGAUGCGAAUCCAAUUGUGGCCAAACUUCUGAGCCAUUGCAGUCCAGAUAGAUCAAUUCUAGACAUGUCAACAGCUUCCGGGAUCCCAAUUUUCGAAGUCUUCAUGAUCAUUCGACACUUGCUUCAAUGGACUAGAGCAAUUCUGAUUUAUCCGCUCUGCAAUACGAAUAUCUACACUUCAGCAACCAGUCCCCAACCUCUAGACAAGAUGGCCGAAAAAUUUGCUGCUCAGUUCGGCACGACAAUUCACUUGGCUGCCGGAUUGUCGCAUUUCAAUCCACCAAAGACAUUGGAAACAUUCAUCAGACCCAAUCUUCCACUUCAUGAACAAGGAGUUCGUGCGAAGCUUGUGGUUGCCUUGUUGAGACAUCAAAUGCUCAUGCAGCUACAUCAAUUUUAUUAUAUUCUGAAACCAUAUUCCAAUGCGGAACUGCCAAAACCUAAAGAAGAAUGUCCUGACGAAUUGAAGCAAAUUAUUGCGAAAAGUGCGCUUCCCCAUGAUGUUAGGAAGGUCGUAGCUGACAUUUGUGGAUCUAUGCUGGAAACCAACGCCUAUUCAUCUGUCAAAAGGAAACUGACACUGCUUGUAAAAUGCGCUCCAAUGAUGGAUGGAAACUAUCAUUUGGAAGAUAUCAAAUACAAGAACAAUUUGGAUCGUGCUGAAAUUGAAGAUGUUUUCAAGUCUUUCGAACUGGUGAUAGCCACAUUCCGUCGACCUGAUUUUGUUGCCGAAUAG